AUGCCUCUUAUAGUCAUCGUUGGCAUCAACGGGCGGCAAGGCACCUCGGUCGCGAACGCCUUUCUCGAUGCGCCAGGUUUCCGGAUCCGCGGUCUGACAUCUUCCCCGGACUGUCCCGCGAGCGAAAAAUGGAAGGACCUCGGGGUCGAGAUACGGGAAGAGACAUUCGUCGACGAAGAACACGCGAGGGCGAGCUUCGAGGGAGCAGCCGCCAUCUUCGCGAUGACAAGCUACCAUAAGCCUUUCGAGGACCGCCGAGCAAAGCUAGCAUACGAAGUGGGCUUGAUCAAGAUCAGCAUGGCGCAAUUCGCCCUGCGACGGGCCGCCUACCAAGGACGCAUACUUUUCGACGCCGUCGCGGAUACUCGUGGACUGCAUCGAUUUGUCCUGUCUACACUGCCAGUUGUACUCCCCGGCGCAAAAUAUGCUACGCACCUAGCCCAGGCAAAUUAUCACACCAAAAAGGAACAACUCAAUUAUCUAACACGCUGUCUGCCCAGUUUGGCAGCCAAGACGAUCGCGGUGAAGCCAUGCAUGCGCAUGGAGGACUAUCGAAUGACGCUGCAAAUGAACGAAGCUGGGACUCUCUCGUUCGGAACUAUUGCACCAGCUUACGUGCCCUUGCACUGGAUCAACAUGAGAGACGACUUCGGCAUCUUCGUCCGUACUCUUCUCCUCAAUAUGUCGCUGGCUCCCGUCGCCUUUGCGGCUUACUCCGACCGUGUAUCUGGCGAGGAAAUUUGCGCUCUCAUAUCAAAGAUAUCCGGAAUCACGUGCGAGUAUCGACAAUACACGGCAGAAGAGAUGGAGGAAUCAGGGAAUAACUUGGCAUGCGAGCUGCUGCCGGAUCCGGCAGGCUCGGUCCUGUACGACCCGAAUGUCUUCACUCCCGCUUCGAUCAACGAGACGAUCAAGAGGUACAGCGAUCCGGUUCCCCUGAGUUCCUUUGCAGAUUACCUCAGGACCGUACUUCCCGAACACUUAGCGUCGCUGAGAGCUGCAGCCAACAAGGAACGGGCAGCUCCUCCGGAAGCCGCGAUCCAGCCAGCAAAGGAGGAAGAGGCAUGUUCGCUAGUCGCAUUGCAAGCCUUACGAUCCGAAAGACAGCCGGAGAUGGAGAGCGCCGUCUUGCGCAACGUAUUCAUGGGAGCCCCCAGAUCCAGCGAAUGA